AUGGUGAGCAUUUCAAUUCUUAAGGGCAAAAAAAAGGGGACGGAGCGCCCAAUUGAAGUGACGCACCACAGUUAUGCAGGGGGAAGGCAUGAAAAGACCAAAAGGGGAACAGCUGGAGUGAAAGAGGUACUAACGACCUGUAGUUGCUGUGGAACCCCACUGCGGCAUCCGGAGGUGGUGAAGAAGAUAAAAUGCGUCAAAUGUCACUGCACUCUCGAGUUGUCGCUUAGGACUGCGCAGACGCCUGUUCAAGCAGCGAUUACACCAACUACUUUGACACCGCAAGAUUUCUGGGAUGUCUCCAGCGCCUGCGUGCUGCAAUAUACAAAUGAACCACGGCACGGGACACUGGAUGUGGAUAGCAAGCAUGGGAUAUUCGUUCCCAUCGAGGAUUUCAUCCAGCGGCUCUUCGCAAAUGUCUCAAGCCUGAACGCGUUUUGUACAAACGGUACCAAGGAGCUGGAUUUUAAAUGCAUUGGCAGGUUUUAUAAAAGGAUUAUCGAGCUCCCUACGAGUAGACCUCUCUAUAAACUAUUGAUUGAGAGCAACGAGCGCCUGAAAAGGCCACAUGUGCGCCUAUCGCCAGACGCAGAGCCGACCUCAAUGUUCAGUCAGCUCUACUGGGUUUUGAUGAUUUUCGAGAACCCGCUGCUCAAGAACUGCCUUUUGUUUUCCGCUAAUGGAGAACAUUCGCACUUCCUGACGCCCCAAAUACGUGCAAUUCUCUACGAGAUUAUGAAACGCUGUGUGGGGUACUUGGCCAUGGUGAAUUCAGCCACGGGGAAGGACUUUGUUUCUCACCUCCAAAGAUUAAGCAUCGUGCAUUUUGGAUCCCAUGUUGACUUGAUUAAUCUCUACGUCACGUUCCACUUCUCCAGGAUCCUCAACAAGAGAGCAAAGUCUGCUGCCUGCUUGGAUAGUCCAGGUCUUGAUGAGUUUUGCUCCAACCUGAAGCUGAACCCCGAGAACUCAGGCAACGAUUUCGAGACUAUACCUCAAAUGGUGAGCAAACUUUGGAGGAGAGAGGACAGCCGCGGGGUUGAGCUGCCCUCUUCUUUUAAAUUUCAUGUGGCAGAGUACGGUAACGAUUGGCACGUUAAAACGGCAGCAAAGCUUGCGUUCUUUUAUUUCGUUGCAAACCAGUGCAAAAAAAAGUGCCCUGUGUCGCGCUUUUACAAUUCUCUGUUGGAUUACUUGGACCAUAAGAAGGACUUUGAGCAGUGGAGGGCCCGGCAAAAAUUGCGCUCCCCUUCUUCUUCGCCUCUGUCCACGAGCAUGUUUGAGGACAUCCUGAUGCCUCACUACUUCGGCCCCUCCAGAAGACCAGAGACUGACUUUACCAUGUGCCAACAUGCCUACUUACUGUCAUUGGGCACCAAAAUUUUGGUGAUGGAGUACGAGACACGAAAAACCAUGGAGUACAAUGCAGAACAAGCGUUUCUAAAGGCUCUGGAUAAAAAACAAGUGAUUGAUGUGUAUUUUAGAAUGAGAGUCCGCCGCGACUACGUUUCCCAGGAUUCGCUGCGCUGCAUAGAAACACAUCACGCAGACUUAAAAAAGUCCUUGAGGGUCGAAUUUGUAAACGAACCUGGUAUUGAUGCCGGAGGCCUCCGAAAAGAAUGGUUUUUGCUGCUGACCCGCGAGCUAUUCAAUCCUAGUAGUGGUCUUUUCAUAGUAGUGGAAGAAAGCCGAUUUUCGUGGUUCAACAUGGCUUACAAGGACGUGGAUUUUGGACCGGAAAACGCAGAAAAGCUCUACUAUCUGUUUGGGAUUGUACUAGGACUUGCUAUCUACAAUGGUACCAUCUUAGACCUCUGCUUUCCGAUGGCUCUCUACAAAAAGCUUUGCGGAGAGCCGCUCAAUGAAAGGGAUUUUUUGGAACUUUAUCCAACAACAGGGAAGAACCUGAUCAAAAUGAUGGAGUAUGAUGGGGACGAUUUUGAGGACGUCUUCUGUCUCAACUUUGAGAUCACGUAUUCAAACACAUGGGCCACACGCAUCCACAGACAAGAGCUCUGUGACGGUGGCGCCAAAAGGCAUGUCACACGCGAGAAUCGUAGCGAAUAUGUAAGGCUUUGGAUGGACUUCCACAUGAACAGAGCUAUCAAAAGCAGCUUCGCAGUUUUCUUGAAUGGGUUUCGGCGGGUUGUAGAGAGCGAUGCGUUUAAACUCUUCACGUCUGAGGAGCUGGAGCAGCUGCUGUGCGGCAGCCACGACAGAGACAUAGACGUCAACGUCCUCAAGAGCGUGGCAAAAUACGGCGCCAGCAUCACAGCAGAGUCAAGAAUAGUGAGAUGGUUUUGGGAUACAUUCCAAGAUUUCAACUUUGAACAGAAAUGUAAGUUGCUCGAGUUUGUUACCGCGUCAGAUCGUAUUCCUGCUACAGGUAUCUCGACCAUCCCCUUCAAGAUAAGCAAGCUGGGCGGUGACUCCGAAAAAUUACCACUCGUGCAUACCUGCUUCAACGAAAUCUGCCUGUAUGACUACAACUCCCAGCCCAAACUUCGGCACAAGCUGAUCCUUGCCAUGAACGAAUCCGAGGGCUACGCAUUCAGAUGA